GCUCUCUUCGGUCGCAGCCUGACGCACUCGGGGAGGACGGUCCUCCGCUGUCACGCUGCCGAGGGAGGGAGAAAGAGGAAGAGAGAGAGGGCAAACUUUGCGUGAUCGUGGUCGAGACGCUUAAUAAGCUCACCUAGGCAAUCGCGGAGACCACAGAGCAUACCUUCGCUUACAUUCCCAACAUCUGCUUGAGACGAACAGCGGUGAGGAAUCCCCCACAGGAGAGAAAGUGGUUGCAUCCUCUAAAGCUGUUCAUGCCGGAUAAAGUUUAUGUCACAUCUCAGGAUAAAGACUCGACCUUUCUAUAAACUUACUGGGAAGUCGCACGCCUUCGCCAACUGAAAUGGGCACCUUGCGCGACCUCCAGUACGCUCUCCAGGAGAAGAUUGAGGAGCUGCGCCAGAGGGACGCACUCAUCGACGAGCUGGAAUUGGAGCUCGACCAGAAAGAUGAGCUUAUACAGAGACUGCAGAACGAGCUUGACAAAUACCGUUCCGUUAUCAAACCGGCAACCCAGCAGGUCCACAAGCAGAACGAGCUGCACGAGCAGCAGCGGACGAAGAGGCAGGCAAUUUCGGCUGAACCUACUGCCUUCGACAUCCAGGAUCUUAGCCAUGUCACCCUACCUUUCUACCCCAAAAGCCCACAGUCCAAGGAUCUGAUCAAGGAGGCCAUCCUGGACAAUGACUUCAUGAAGAACCUUGAGCUUUCACAGAUCCAAGAGAUUGUGGACUGCAUGUACCCUGUGGAGUACGGAAAGGACAGCUGUAUCAUUAAGGAGGGCGAUGUGGGCUCACUGGUCUAUGUCAUGGAAGAUGGUAAGGUGGAGGUGACGAAGGAGAGCCUGAAGCUCUGCACCAUGGGGCCAGGAAAGGUGUUUGGAGAGCUGGCUAUUCUCUACAACUGCACCAGGACCGCAACUGUCAAGACUCUAACAAAUGUGAAGCUGUGGGCCAUCGACCGACAAUGUUUUCAGACGAUCAUGAUGAGGACCGGUCUCAUCAAGCACACAGAGUAUAUGGAGUUUCUGAAAAGCGUCCCCACAUUCCACGGCUUGCAGGAAGAUAUUCUGAGCAAGCUUGCUGAUGUCCUUGAGGAGACACAUUAUGAAGAUGGAGAGUACAUCAUCAGACAGGGAGCCAGGGGAGACACCUUCUUCAUCAUCAGUAAGGGAAAGGUUAAUGUGACAAGGGAAGACUUGCCCAACGGAGAGCCUGUCUUCCUGCGUAGUCUGGGAAAAGGCGACUGGUUUGGAGAAAAAGCCUUGCAAGGGGAGGACAUCAGAACGGCCAGUGUCAUUGCAGCAGAGGCAGUCACCUGUCUAGUCAUUGACAGAGAUUCAUUCAAGCACUUGAUUGGAGGUUUGGAGGAUGUGUCCUGUAAAGGCCAUGAGGAUGCUGAUGCUAAAGCCAAGUAUGAAGUGGAAAAUGCGUUUUUCUUCAGUCUCAACCUGGCUGACUUCAACAUCAUUGACACUCUGGGGGUUGGCGGCUUUGGACGCGUUGAGCUGGUUCAGCUCAAGAGUGACGAAAGCAAAACCUUCGCUAUGAAGAUCCUGAAAAAGCGGCACAUUGUCGACACAAGACAACAAGAGCACAUUCGUUCAGAGAAGCUCAUCAUGCAAGAGGCCCACUCGGACUUCAUUGUUAGACUGUACAGAACUUUCAAAGACAGCAAGUACCUCUACAUGUUGAUGGAAGCUUGUUUAGGAGGAGAGCUGUGGACCAUUCUUCGAGAUCGGGGUUCAUUUGAGGACUCAACCACCAGGUUUUACACAGCGUGUGUGGUGGAGGCUUUCGCCUACUUGCAUUCCAAAGGCAUCAUCUACAGAGACCUCAAACCAGAGAACCUUAUAUUGGACCACAGAGGGUAUGCCAAGCUGGUGGACUUCGGCUUUGCCAAGAAGAUCGGAUUUGGGAAGAAGACGUGGACCUUCUGUGGGACGCCGGAGUAUGUAGCACCGGAGAUCAUUCUGAACAAGGGCCACGACAUCUCAGCUGACUACUGGUCUCUAGGAAUCCUUAUGUUUGAGCUCUUAACUGGCAGCCCUCCAUUCUCUGGCCCUGAUCCUAUGAAAACCUAUAACAUCAUCCUGCGAGGCAUUGACAUGAUCGAAUUCCCAAAGAAAAUUACCAAAAAUGCUGCCAACCUAAUCAAAAAGCUAUGCAGGGACAAUCCGUGUGAAAGAAUGGGAAACUUGAAAAAUGGUGUCAAAGACAUCCAAAAGCACAAAUGGUUCGAGGGCUUUAACUGGGAGGGCUUGAAGAAGGGGACAUUGACGCCUCCUAUUGUCCCUACUGUCACAUCAGCAGUUGACACAAGUAAUUUCGACAGUUUCCCAGAGGACAACGAGGACCCACCCCCUGAUGACAACUCCGGCUGGGACGUCGAUUUUUGAAGUUCUUCUCUCCCCUUAAAACCAAAAGAAACUUUUCUUUUGUUGGCUUGAAGGUCUUCUUGGGAACAUGGUUGUGUUGUAAAAAUAAACUGCAUUAAAAAUGAGAGAGGAUAUGGAAAAGAAGAUAAUGGCAAACCCUCUGGGUCACCGAUAUGCCUUUAUUUCACUGUGGCUCUGGAUGAAGCAUUUAUAAUGGGACUGCUGUUGCACUUCCUCAGUGUUGUCUUACACUUGGUUCUAAAGGCAAACAAAGUGCAGGGUUGCACAUGCAUACACACAGUACAACAGAGGCUGAUGAUGGAGCCAGGUUUUCCCAUGUAACAGGGGAAAAUGUUUAGUGUGUGACUGAAUGUUCGACAGUCUGUGUGAGGCUUGGCUGUAGGAUAAACAGGAGUGUGAAAAGUGUGAUUUUGAACAGCUGAAACAGAGAGGAGGCAGAUGAUUGAUUUUUUUCAGUUUGAUUCUCUGCAAUAUUUGGUGGACUUUGGGAGGGUAGAUGUUACCACAGUUACUCUCUUGAUUUUGACACGCAGUUGCUUGCUGCAAGCUCUGAUACUUUCCAGAGAUUUACACACAGUACGGUUUGCAAGUAAAGCUGGUAUCAAGUGCUCAAGACUAACCUGAAUGUCAAUGAUGUUCUUCAUGUUUAACAUCCAUAUGACAUACAGUAUGAAUGGUACAUAGUAUUUGACACAUGAACGUAGCUGAAGCUAAAAUCAAAUACUUAGUAGACUUUGUAUAAGAUUAACCUAUCUUGAAAAGCACAAAUGCUGUGCAUUCGGUGGAAAGAGACGAGACUCUUCAAGUGCCCUGCUGAAAAUUUAAUGACUCACACACCGACACACAUGAGAUGUCAGCUAGUAUUUCUUGAAGUAAUGUGUCAUUAUGCACUUAAGACCAUUAACCAUGAAAAUCAGCAGUUAUAACUUCAGCAGAUGAAGUCACUCUUUUUUUUUUAUGUUCUUUGAUGCGCUUUUAAUCAUGUGUAUGAAUGCUUCUCUACCUACAUACUUCUUAAUUUAGUUUUUAAAUCACCCAAUUGCCUCUUCCCAUUUAACCAAACCAGACAUGUUAUGUUCACUCCUGUAUAGGUCUGACACAACUGUGAAAAUGGUUUCGAUGUCUUUGGUGCUGUUGUUGAUAAAUUAUAAUUAGCAAAAGAGAGAUGACAGUACUGGCUAUUGUUUUUGUAUAGUAAUUUUUUGUGCUUGAUUUCUUUGUAAUGUACUUGACUUCCUCCUUUAAAAAAAUUGGAGACUUGUGUCAAUUCGUAAACUUGGGUGAAGAUUUGUUUAUCACUUGACACCUUGCUACUUUGUGUUAAGUGGUACUUUCAAGGUUUGUAAACAGGUUUAAUCAUCUUGGGUUCAUUCAUAUAAAUUGGCCAUCCUCUCCUUUGGAAUCAACUAGCUUGAAUUAACAUUAGCUAAUGGCAAUGUUAAAAUAUCUUCUAGAGACCGACAGCAAACGACAAAAAGAUGUAUUUUGUGAGGCUCAACUUUGACCAACCCAGCUCAUUACCUGUCACAUCCAAAAAUCAGAAGAAAUGUAAGUGCCUUAAAUCAAUGGCAUACAAAAUUUACAUCACAAUACCUUUUUGAUGCUGCAUUAGCACACAUACACCUCGUGUGUGUCCUCUCUGAUGGCUGCUUCUCAUCUUUCAUCUUUUUGUUAUGUCAAACUACAUGAAUCACCAUGAAAAGAGAAUUUCUAGUCAUUCGAUGGCUACAACAUUAAAAAUCAAUUAUAUCUGAUUUGGCUGCAAUGACAUACUUUUCUCCCAGUGUUUCUUAAAGUCAACAAUUGGUCUCAUUUAAACUGAACAGUAAAUCCUAGCUCAGAGGGACUGUCUGUCCCAUUUAGUCAUGAAAUCUGAGCUUUUAGAGAAGGCAUGAAUGAUUUGCAGCUUUAAAAUUUUUCCACAAGCACAAAAAGAAUUGUUUUCCACUGCUGAAAAAAGCUGAUCAGCUCCAUUCAUUUCAUCCCAAGAAGCCAAGCACACAGACACACUUAUAUUUAAAUGAUAUAAAUCAAAGGAAGACACUGAUGGAGACCUAAAAACUGAGAAGAAAUCUUAGUUGUGUAGGUAUAAAUAUUUUUGUGUAUUAAGGGCAGGUUAUGUUGCUCACAAAGCCUUAUGUAUGUCAUUGUUUUACAAAUCACUGGUUUUAAGUCUUACAUUGACCGCCUUCUGCAGUGUCACCUGAUAUUUGCCUUGUGUUACAGUACGUCGUUUACUCUGCUGUAAAUUGAUUUUGCAGUGCAC